GUAAUUUUCUCAUUUUCUCAGACUUAUAUGGGACCAGAGGAGUAUGAAUCUAGAUAAUUAUUUUUUUGUUUAUCAACCACCAUGAAACCUUUACAAACAUGUUUAACGAGACGACAGCAACAUCAAAGGGAUGGAAAAGAGAACAGCACCUGGGUUCACCUGUCUGUAAAUAACCCUGACGUAUAGUCCACCUGGACACGUGAAUCCCUGAUGGAGUUAGUUUGCCUGCAAGACAGAGCGGAGGGUAAAAUCAAGAGGCCCAUAGGAGGACCUCAGCUGGCGUUAAUUAAAAAACAGUGACGUCCCCUGAGAGGAGAAGAAGAAGGUUUAUAGAAAACUGCCUGACGUCGCACGGCCCUCCAGCUGGAAGAGUAGCCGGUCGAUGGAGUCGUGAUCCGCGGCAGCACGGCGAUGACAUCAUGAGCCGGUGGCGACGUUCAGUGGACGAGUUGGCGGCACGGCGGCGGCAGCAUGGCGAGUGCGAGCGCGCCCAGGAGGCUCUCGGUCGGGUCACCUCGUGUUUCCAGCAGCUGGCGGUGUCACUCGGCAGCUCGGCCGACAGCAGCUUCCUGCGAGACGAGAUGGACGAGACGCGAGCACUGGCGCACCGCAUCUGCAGCGGUCUGUCCCGGCGUCUGAUGCGCCUGCUGUCUGACUGUGACUCGGAACCGUCUACGGCAGACGACAGACGGGCGUCGGAGCGGCUGUGGGUUCUCUUCCUGUCCGCAAUAGAAAACUUCCUGUUUGACCUCCACAAGGCCUGCAAUCUGAUUGGACGGUUUCCUCUGACCCAGCGCUCCAAUAGGCGCUCGUUAGUAAAUGCAGGGUGUGCCGAUGGUGUGGUCGGAGUGGCAGCUCGAGUGGCUUCAGUCCAGGUGCCGUGGCUCACCUUAGAGGAGGAGAUAUGCCCUGAUCUGACCAAUCACAUCGCAGCACUGGAGACAAUGCUGAGUGAGAUGCAACUGAGGGUUCCUGUUGCGUUCUGGUCGGUAGAGGCGACCCAGCCAGCGUGGGCUGAAGCUUGUGGUGAAUUUGAACAACCAGAUGAUACCCUAGAGGAGCUGAUGGAGGUUGAAGUGAUCUCUAACAAGGUGCCCUGCUGCCAGCCCCAGUGCUGUGGACUGGGCUGUGUCGGAUAAAGGCGAAGCAGGUGUGGUCACGAUUGACAUCGCCUGGAGUAACUAUCACUGACAAAAGGGAUGCUCACAUUUAUGCAUUAAUCAACUGUUAGAUAAAUGUCCUUGUUUUCAUUUUACUACAGCUGCUAGGUGGAAACAUUUUAUACAUUGAUCUGAUGAGAAAGUUGUCUUUUUGAGCAGUUUGGGAAAACUAAUGGGAUCAAAGACUUCAUUGUCUUCCUCAAGGUCCUUCAAGGCCUAUCUGAUGAAUUGAGCUACAGCUUUUAGAUGUAAUAUGUUCGAAAUAUCAGACCUCUAUACUAAAGACUGACUGACAAUAACUAUUGACUCAUUUUAUUCAAGCUAACAGAUGUUGAAACAAUAUGAUCUUCAGAAGGCUGACAUUCUUAAAGUACAAAUCAAACAUUGGACUAGAUCAUUUUAAUACCAGAGGUUUAAUCUGAGAAUCAACCAGUUGGACUUACGGUUCAUAAUAAAAUAGAUCCUGGAACUGUUCUUAUACUGCAUACUUUUAAAAAUACAAUAUGUAGGAAAGCCAUAGAUUAAAAGGUACCAGGUUGUUGAUAAAGAUGUCAGAAUCUACACAAACUGCUUUUGUCCAAUAAAGUCAGUCAGUAUCCAUGUGUUGUUUUAAGAACUUUAUUGAUAUACGGCGAGAUGGACAAACAUAAAAAUAUUUUACAAAACACACAAGGCAAAUAGACAGAACGGGAAGAAUAAAACGUGGAUUGCAUCAAAUCUGGAAGGUUGACUGUAGAUGGGUUUUAAAGGCUGAAACAGACAAAACAGCAGUUAGAAAUACAUCUCCCAUCAGCCCCGGCUUCCAAUCUGACCACAGGUUUGUUUUACGGUGAAACAGCUUGUGCGUCCUGGAGACGUUAGUUAAUUUUAAAACUGAUCAGCUUUAAAUAUCGAUACAGCCCAAAUAUCUGAAAUUGUUCAUUUUAGAGAGGCAAAGAAGUUUCUGUCAUCAAGCCGCAGUUUAUCAGUAUAUGGAGUAGAGGUUUCACCCUCAAUGAGAAACACCGGCCAAUAAUUAUCCUGAGCAAGAAUACAGCUGACAUAAAAGCUUCCCUCCCAAAGAGCCUGGAAAAAUGAUUUGUGCCUAAUGUCAUAGCACGAAUGACCAGAAAUAUACAAGUAAAUUACAGCAAAUGCGCCAAGAACCCUGCAGCUUCUCACCUUCUUGGUUGUCCCACAUUUCAGCAGCAGUCGUGUUUAACGGACUCUCGUUGUUUGGUUCUGAAAAAGACAUCAACAUGUCGUUUACACAAAUAUACGACAAUGCGUUUAAAAAAAAAA